AGACAGCUGUCUAACAGCUCUCUGUCUGAGCACACCUUCCUGUACUUUGCAUACGGCAGCAACCUGCUGAAGGAGCGGCUGCAGCUGAAGAAUCCCUCCGCCAUGGUGCACUGUGUGGCCCGGCUCAUGGACUAUAGAUUGGUGUUUGGGAACUAUAAAGGCCUGGCCAGUGACCGGUGGCAUGGAGGUGUGGCCACCAUCGAGCACAGCCCAGGGGACGAGGUGUGGGGCGUGGUGUGGAGGAUGAGCAUGUCUGACCUGGAGUCUCUGGACAGUCAGGAGAAUGUGACGUUAGGUGCGUACAGUCCUGUGGAGCUCUCAGUGAAGACAAAAGGCCAGGAGCUCCACUGUCGUACGUACAUAAUGAACAGCUGUGUGUACGCCCCACCGUCGCCACAGUACCUGCAGGUGAUUGUAAUGGGAGCGGAGCAGAACGGCUUGCCAAAGGACUACCAGGAGAGGCUGAGAGCCAUCAAGACCAACAUGUAUGAGGGCCCUCUGCCCAUGAUGGCUGUACUGGAGCGAGCCAGAAGGAGAGCCAAAGAGCGGGACAACCACUGUUCUGAUGCCUGA